AUGUCAGAAGUACCCAAAGCAACGCUCUACACGUUCGACGGCUCGGUCUGGGCCUCUGCUCCGCGUCUGGCGCUGGUCGAAAAGGGCUAUGCCUCUUCGGACAUCGACAUCAAGACCGUCGACCUCGUCAAAGCCGAGAACUUCGACCCUUCUUACCUGCGCAUCAACUCCAAGGGCACCGUUCCCACGCUCGUCGUCCCCCUGCUCGAGACGACCUCCGCCGAAGUGGCAACAAAGUUCCGCGCGAUCACGGACACCAAGGCGAUUCUCGAGUUUCUGGACAAGAGUCGGCGAGCUUCGGCCGUGUCUGGGGACGAGGCGGCUGCUCCCGCGCCCAUCCUCGCACCGGCCACGAUCGAAGGCAAGGCGGUGAGCGACGAAAUCAUUCGAUUGGUCCACGACGCAUCGGUCGAUCCGAACUUCCUCCUGCUCGGCGCGAGGAGCGAGGCGGAGCUCAACGCCGCCAAGGGAGGCUUGCCAGGAACGUUCGUCACCAACCGCAACAACGCCUUACUCGCACACGCGCGGGAGCUCGAAAGCGGCUCGGCCAGCAAGGCCUUCGAUGGCUCGGCAAAUCCCAAGUCCUCGGCGAUUCACGAGAACCUCAAGAAGUGGUACGCCAACAAGAUCGAAUCCCAAGCCCUCCUCACCAGCGCCUACGUCAACGGCGACGCGGCCGCCAUCGCACAGCUCACCCAGGCCACCACCGCAGGAUGGAAGGCCGUCGGCGAAACGCUCGCCAAGCUCGAAACCGUGGUGCAGGGCCCCUUCGCGUUGGGAGACCAGAUCAGUCUGGCCGACCUCCAUGUCAUCCCGUGGCUCGCGAGGCUCGGUGCGGUGGCGACCGGGUUGACGGGCGACAAGGAUCCUUUGGCGAGCUUGAACGCCGUGCUCGGCGCAAGCGGUGGCAAGGUCGGCGAGAAGGUCAGGGGUCUGUGGACCAACUUCUCCGAAAGGCCGAGCUUCAAGACUGUUUACGGCGACGGGCUGCACUGA